AUGCUCGUCGACAAGCUUGCCUCUGCCGCCGUCCUCGCCGGCUUGACCUCUGUGGCCCGCGCCAUUGACUGGAGCGCCAUCGACUACCAUGGCCACUACUUCCGACAGGAGUGGGUUGAGCCGCCCGUCGUCGUCGAGCGUCUGGAUCCCAUCUUGAACCCUGGCGCGCUUGCUUCCCACGUCCAUUCCUUCAUCGGUGCCAACGUCGUUUCUGCCGACACCGACUACGCCGACACCCAGGCUGCCUCCUGCAGCCAGGUCUACGUCAAGCCUGAUCACAGUCUUUACUGGGCUCCUGCUCUGUACUUCCAGGACCCCACCAACAAGACUUUCACUCGCGUCAAGGAGCACCAUCGUGUGCUCUACUACUUCAACCGCGCCGCUGACCCGGACACUGGCGCCGAGAGCUUCGACCUCAUCGAGGAGUUUCCCGAGGGCUUCAAGAUGAUCGCCGGUGACGCCAACCUGCGCGCCCCAGCCGCCACCAAGCAGCUGCAGGACUCCAUCGAGUGGUUCUGCCACGGCCCCGAUGUCAAGUCCAGCGGCUUUCCCGGCAACUUCACCUCGUGCCCCAACGGCUUCGCCGGCUCUGUCCGCUUCCCGUACUGCUGGAACGGUGAAGAGUUCAAUGCCGACGACCCGCACGCCCACAUGUCAUAUCCCAAGACCGACGCCGAGGGCAACGGUGCUCCCGACAGCGGAGCGUGCCCCACGACUCACCCGCACAUCUUGCCCCACAUCUUCAUCGAGUUCUGGUUCGACACGGAACCCUUCGAUGGCCUCUAUGAGAUGAGCGAUCAGCCGUGGGUGGUUUCGAAUGGUGAUCCCACCGGCUAUGGCUUCCACGCCGACUUCCUGAACGGCUGGGAGAAAGGCGUGUUGGAGAAGCAGAUGAAGGAGUGCAACAUUGGUGAAUCCGGCGAGCCGCUGGAGAACUGCUUCGAUACUUGGAAGAAGGAUGGGCAGGAGGACCUUCGUGAGAACUGCUCACAGAAGACGUCGGUCACCGAGGUGGUCGAUGGUUGGCUCGAUGCCCUGCCCGGCUGCAACCCACUUCAGUAUGGUCCGGAGAAGGCCGUCAUGAAGACCAAUUGCGGCGACACUGCAACCAUCAACUCCGAUGGCGCUUCCAGUGCUGGCACUUCCAGCUCCGCUGCUGCCUCGGCUGCCGAUAGCUCAUCUUCGGAGACAGCUUCAGCCCAAGAUGCCCCCGUCGCGACCGCCAACUCUGCAUCGAUUUCCUCCUCGAAGACGUCUCUUGCUGUGACGCCUGUCGUCACUGAGGAAGCAGCCUCCACCACUGACAGCAACGGGAACGUCGUGUACGUCACUGUCACUUCCUACUAUACCGCCUAUGACGCCGCGCCAACGGCCUCUGCUGCUGCUACAUCUGCGUCCAACGGCAAUGUCACGCUCCCUGAUGGCUGGACGAGCUCAGGCUGCCAUAGCGAUGCCGUCUCUUCGCGUUCUCUGUCUGGGAAGGUGCUCGCUUACUGGGGCGAACCCAUCACGUCAUCUGGCUGUGCGAAGUAUUGCAACGAGCAAGGAUUCAGCAUUGCUGGUACCGAGUAUGGUGAGCAGUGUUUCUGCGGUAACACCCUGACCCAGAGCGAGGUGCUUGACUCUACCAAGUGCGAUAUGGAGUGCAAAGGUGCUGCUGGAGAAAUCUGCGGUGGAGAGGGAGCUUUGAGCAUCUUCCUGAAGGAUGGAACGAGCCUCAAGAGUAGAAAGAGGAGCCAGCACUUCCACAGGCAUGUUGGCGGCGGCGCGAGCGUCCGCAGAGGGUUCUUCUAA